AUGCAGAGGCAGAGGCAGAGUCCGCCGAAGCACAGGCACGAUGGGACCUCGCCGUUGCCUUUGGGCAUGGAUUGGAGCCCUCCGCCCCGUAGUUGGGCUGGACGAGAAACAGUUUGGCCUCACGAUCCUCGCACAGGAUGGAGUUACUGUGUUACAGUGCCUUCAUGGAUUGUACUUGCAAAGUCAAGAGAUUCUGACCCGAUAGUGUUUUACAGGGUGCAAGUUGGCUUGCAGUCACCAGAAGGAAUUACGACCAUAAGAACUGUGUUAAGAAGAUUUAAUGAUUUCUUGAAGUUGCAUGCUGCUCUUAAACGAUCUUGUCCUGGGAAAAAUAUUCCACCAACUCCACCCAAGGGAUUGCUGAGGAUGAAAACUAGGGCGAUGCUAGAAACGAGAAGGAGUUCUUUGGAAGAAUGGAUGACAAAGUUACUAUCAGACAUCGACUUGUCAAGAAGCCUUGUUGUUGCAUCCUUUUUGGAACUGGAAGCUGCUGCUCGUUCAGCAUUCCAGGAAGACAGUCAACCCAGUUCGGUUGCACACACGCCUCUAAGCGCAACAGACCCAGCACUUCGUGUUCUUGAGAACUCGAGCCUUCCCAUGCCAGCCGGCAGUACAUCUCUGGCAUCGGAUUAUGGCAGUGAUACAGCUUACGAGACAUCUGAGAUUGGCAGCCCAAGCCUUACUGCGGAUCUCGCAAGGGAUAACAGCUCUGAACUCGGUUUAGAUGACUUAUCAUUUUACAACGACAUAACAAGUCAAGUGGAUAAGUUUGUGAAGCAAGGCAUGUUAAAUAUCGACGAGGGCUUGUCCAUGGGACAUAGCAUUAUGGAGAAGCUGGAAAAUUUUCCGAGGCAUAAAUUGAACUCGACAGUGGUUCACUAUAAUGCGGAACGUGAUAUGAGUAAUGGAAGUCCUUCUAAAGUCUCUUGGUCUGAGCCAGACCGUGGACCCCACCAUGUCAGGAAGCUGUCGAGCGAGAGUAUAGGGAGUGAUAGGAGUUCUGAUAGGGGAAGUGAGCUGUCAAAUUCGGCAUUUCCCAACUCCAACGGGCUUGGGCUUAUUGAUUAUAGAAGUGGGCCCGAGAACUCGAGAAGAGGUCCUGCCGGUGAUUUUGAAAUGCUGCUAUCAGAUGAUGUACAGUUGUUGGUCCCAAUGGAUCAGCGCCAGAAAGUGAAUAGAGUAUUCAUGACAUUGCAGCGUAGGCUGACCACGGCCAAGACUGAUAUGGAGGAUCUUAUAUCGAGGUUGAACCAAGAAAUUGCUGUGAAGGACUACCUUGCGACAAAGGUGAAGGAUUUGGAAGUGGAGCUCGAAACUACUAAACAAAAAAGUAAAGAAAAUCUUGAACAAGCUAUAUUAAUCGAACAGGAAAGAGUGACCCAGAUGCAAUGGGAUAUGGAAGAACUCAAGCAGAGGUCAAUGGAACUGGAGCUGAAGUUAAAAUCGGAACAGGCCCACCGGUUGGACACUCAGUCAUAUGAUCAACCGAAAGAUUUGGUGUCCCAUGAAUUAAUUUCCACAAAACAGCAAUAUGAGGACUUGUUUAAGCGACAUCAGGAGCUGGAACUGAAGUCCAAAGCUGAUAUCAAAGUACUUGUGAAAGAAGUUAAAUCUUUAAGAGCUUCGCAUGCAGAACUGACUAAACAACUCGAUCAGUCGCGCAUGGAAAAAUCCAAAGUAGAGGAACAACUCCAAGAAGAAAGAGCGGAAAACGAGCAAACAAGAACAUUCUGGAGAGAGUUUCUGAAUAAAUUUCAGUCUCUUCACGAGCAGCUUCAGGAGUGUCAUAUUAAUAACCUAAAGCAGACACAAGGAGAUGGCAUACUAAAAACUGUUUCAUCUUUCUCCGAUCCCGUUGGUACUAUAGGCACAUCUGACGACCGGAUAAGCCUUCUCAUUUCCGAGGUUCAGCGUUUAGCUCGGGAAUGUGAUGAUUCAGCCUCGACAACUGAUACAGUUGACGAGCUGGACAAUAAAGCAAGUUCUUUAAAAGAGGAGUUGAGGCAGCUGCUAGCACGCAUCUUAGUCGAUAAUGGCGUGUUAAGAAAACAGGUGAACUCGCUGAUUGUUCGAGCUCUUAAUGUGAACCAAUCAAAUGAUAAAGGUGAAACCGAAUCUGGGUCGGCUGUAGAUGUAAAGAGUGAGGUUUAG